UGCUCCUAUAAAACUGGCAACACUGGGUCGUGUUCUCGGGACUUCGUAUGGUUUUGUUUUCACCCUUGCUUUUGUGGUAUUACCGGUGUUACGUCCACACUUUUGCAUUACGAGCGACUGUUUACGUUCACAGAGCCUCUGUGGACAUCGUUAAAGACUGUUUCUGUUUUAAUUCCGUGUACAAAACGACAUCCCGUCAAGAGAUUUUGUGGUCUACUUCUGAUAUGAGUGGAGAAGUCAAGCGUACGAAUGAACGCGGCCAUGGGAACAGAGGUACCCAAAGGCGGAGGUCCCCCAGACGGAAGGAACAGAUUGACGUGGACGAAAACCUACCCAUCGUGCAAAUGUUCAGAAAGUUCCAAUUGGAAUUGGACGACAAAUAUGACAGAUACGAGCGUUUGGUGAAGCUAAGCCGUGACCUGACUGUGGAAAGCAAGCGCAUAAUCUUUUUGUUGCAUCGCAUCAUGGGAGAGUCUCAAAAAGAAAAAACUCUGCAUGAUGCACUGAAGAAACUGAAAGACCUACAGAUGUAUCACAUGCGAGAAAUGGCAAUGGAGCUAAGGAAUCACUGCUUCUAUGCAUAUCUCAGAGCUUAUUCACCAGGCAUUCAAGAGUAUGUAGAAGCCAUAUCGUUCUUUUACUACAUCAAAGACGGACGUUUGGUCGGUCUCGAAGAAAUCCAGCAGGACCUUGUCUACGAGGAGCAGCCAGAGGAAGCCGAAAGUGACAUGGCUGCGAUUGAGCCCAAUGCAAAUGAGCCUCCCGAGCGCUUUGUGCUUCCGGUAACCCCGCUGGACUACAUGCUGGGCAUUGCGGACCUCACAGGGGAAUUGAUGCGAAAGUGCAUCAACGCAGUGGGAGAAGGCAACCUGGAAGAACCAUUCGUGCUCUGUCGUUUUUUGCGCGACGUCUACACUGCCUUCCUGGGUUUCGGUAAUGGUGCGGGACGUGAGAUGACACGGAAGAUCUGGACCUUGUUUCAGAGUGUUCGAAAAGUCGAAAACGCCUGCUAUACCAUCACCGUCCGUGGAUCGGAAAUGCCGAGCGAGAUGCUGGCACAAGCAUUCAGCGCAUCAUUGAACGACGUGGGACUUGUAACUGAUGGGGACUGACACUUGUGUGGGGAACACCGUUCUGUUGAAGUGAUCACGUGUUUGAUACUGUUCGUGAGGAAUUGUAGUGGACGACGCUUGCGUUCUUUUGGCUCCCACAGAAUCUUGCAUUUUUCUCUCGGGAUGAGGAGGAGCAUCAACACAUUCCCCUUUGCUCACGUUGUACCUUUGGGGUCAGAUCACCCAUAUUACUUUGUCUACAUGGUCUUGUUAAUACUCCUGAUCUUACUGUGCAUAUUUGUAAUCACAAAUAUGGCCCUUUCACGACCUUUUUUAUACGUAAGGAGCGGUACUCAGGUUCUCAUGCUAAAAGUACUGUGUAUUGUACUGCCUAUAUUACUGGAUAAACACAUCUUACUACUGUA